CUCUCCUCAAUCAUUAACCCCCCAACCCCACCCCACCCCACCCCACCCCCUCCAUCCAGACCCCCCCCCCUCUCCACCACCAUGACGACGAGACCCGACGGCGGCGGCGGCGGCGGCGUGGUCGGCAGCGACGGCGCGGAGGACAAGCAGCUGGUGCCGGUGGCGUCGAACGGGACGACGAAUGGAGGCGGCGGCGCGCUGGCGGUGCGCAAGGCGCCGUCCAAGGACCGGCACAGCAAGGUGGACGGGCGGGGGCGGCGCAUCCGGAUGCCCAUCAUCUGCGCGGCGCGGGUGUUCCAGCUCACCCGUGAGCUCGGGCACAAGUCCGACGGCCAGACCAUCGAGUGGCUGCUCCGGCAGGCCGAGCCGUCCAUCAUCGCCGCCACGGGGUCCGGCACCACCCCGGCCUCCUUCUCCACCUCCUCCCCCUCCUCCCUCCGCCCCCACGCGCACGCCCAGCCGCUCGCCGCCUCGCCGCACCACCCGCACCACCACCUCCCGCACGCCGCGCCCUUCAUCCUCGGCAAGCGCGUGCGGGACGACGACGACAACGGCAGCGGCAACGGAGCUCCGUCCGGCGAGGCGACGGUGGCAGCCGCGUCCAUGGGCCCGGCGCCGGGCUUCUGGGCGCUGCCCGCGCGGGGCGACUUCGGGCAGAUGUGGAGCUUCGCGCCGCCGCCGGAGAUGAUGGUGGCGGCGCCGGCGAUGGCGGGGGAGGCCUCCGCCGCCCGGGUCGGCAACUACCUGCCCAUGGCGCAGGCCAACCUGAACCUGCUCGCCUCCUUCUCCGGCGGCCCCGGCGGCGCCGCGCAGGCCACCGGGCGGGCCGAGGAGGAGACCGCCCACUGAGCGGGUCCGGCGGCUGGCUGUGCAGGGUGGGUUUUAGGCAGGGCUAGGGUUUCUUCCCCGUCCGGGCGUUGAUUGCUUGCUUGCUUCCUUUUGGGGUCAAAUUUCUAUCUAGGGUUCCUCUGCUCAUCAGACAAAAUUACUCGAGUGAUUAGUCUACAAUUGUUCAUCAGACAAGGUGGUGCUGGUGCCGUCAGUUCAGUGGGAAUUAAGCUUGCUCCUAGUUCAGUUAGGUCAGUUCAGGUCAAUUGGGUCUCAAUUUCUGUCGGUAGCAACAGCAAUGAAUUCUUGCUCCUUUUUUCAUGUAAAAAAUCCAAUCAUCAUGGGACGAGGUCGUCGUGUGGGUUCCUAUUACUUUCUAGACUGUUGGUCAGUGAAUGCAGUGGUGCUGCUGUCAAAUGUAGUUCCCUUUCUUUCUUUCUUGGUUUGCUUUGUGCUGUUGAUUCCAAGAAAGAAAGAAUGAAGAAGAAGAAGAAGAAAAGGCUUGCACAAUUUGCAAAAAAAAUGGCUGCAAUUCUGCAUCAAGAUGGAGGAUGGGCAAGCAUGGCCUUCAGUAAGUUGUUCCUCUGCUCUGCUUCUUAGGUUUUUUUUUUCAGUUUUUUUCUUCAUUUCUUUUGUUCUCUGGAUUGAAUUAGUGCUUGGUGAGAGUAAUAAUAAGUAAGGGUUGGUUGGUUUA